AUGUUGUCUUAUUUCUGCAUGAACUGGAUUCUGCUGCUGCUGUUCACAGACUCCACGGAAUCGGAAUCACUCGUGAAAGGAAUGGUUGGUCAGAAUGUCUCUGUGCCCUGCUCAUACAGUGUUAAGAGCGCAGAAGAUAUCACGUCAAUGUGCUGGGGUCGUGACAGCUGCCCUGUUUCAAAAUGUUAUCGGACCAUUAUCUGGACAGAUGGAUGGAAGGUGAUAGAGCAGUAUGGCACCAGGUACAAGUUGGAAGGGAACCUGAGGAAGGGUGAUGUGUCCCUCACGAUUGUGAAUGCAGAGGAAGCAGACAGCGGGAUAUACUGCUGCCGCGUGGAGAUCGUAGGGUGGUUCAAUGAUCAGACCAGUAAUCACAAGGUUGUGAUAGAGAAAGCUCCUGGGAGCACCAGCGAAUCGUCCUUUGCCAUCACAAGCACGUGGCUGUCGGUUUCUGCUUCAGAAGCUCCUCAGACUAACACGUCUGUAUCGCUUCCCAGUCAGCAGUAUUCAGAAAAUGGGCUAUACAUUGGGAUUGGUUUAUGUGCGGUACUUCUCACCAUCCUUGUUUUGGCUCUGUUCCUCACCAGACGUAAGUACUCUUCACGGGUGGUUAUUCAUGGAUGGGUCAGCUUCGUUGCAUAUUGGAGACCAGAACGUGCAGGGAACCGUCGUGCCCUGGAAGAUGAGGUCCAUGCAGAGGAAAACAUUUAUUCUCUGUCAGCUAAAAUGUCCCAUUUUGUGCUGUUUCACUGGAUUAUGAUACAGAUCUUUAUAGCACACACCGCAUCCGAAACUGUUGUUAGAGGAGUAAUAGGGAAACCUGUUAAGUUGCCUUGCUCCUACCAGGUGGCACGACUUAAGGACGUCUCCGAUAUGUGCUGGGGCAGAGGCCCGUGCCCAAAUUCAAAGUGCAAUAACAAAAUUUUGCACACCACUGGGAAUAGGGUAACAUACAGAAAAUCUCAGAGAUACAGUCUCCAGGGCUAUAUUUCCUACGGAGAUGUGUCUCUCACGAUUGCGAAAGUGAAGGCAGAAGAUGCAGGUACAUAUUGCUGCCGCAUAGAGAUCCCGGGUUGGUUCAACGACAUCAAACAGAACAUGCGGCUGGAGGUGGUCAGAGGCCCUCCAGUGAUGACAACCACCACAAGAAAGGCUCCCAUUUCCCCCAAACAUUUUAGAAAAACAACUUUUGCUCCCCAAGCAACCUCUGAUCAUCAAACCACAGCAGAGACUGCUGUCCUCCUGACAACCACCAUCCCCCCAGCAACAACUGCAACCACUGAGUCUCCAGCAGUAACUACACUGGAGACUGUUGCUCCCCCAAUAUUUGCUGUGACAGCAAAUGAUACUUCUCCAGAAACUAUGGCGACAACCAGUGUCCUCCCAGAUUUUUCAACUGAUUUCCAAGCAGCUGACAUGAGGACUGAAGAUGACUACAUGUUCUGCUCAGCAGAGUCUGUCCCUCUUCCUGGAGCGACUACCGAAUUUCCCAGUACACUUCUAACGGCAGAGGGAACUAAAAGUGCUGACACUUCUCCCAUGGUUGAAGAUGUGCCAACUGCAGGGAUUUCAACAAAUUCAGACAAUGAGGUUGAGAACCAUUAUGAUAACGGAGAGAAGUUUCUCAGCUAUGCCAUUCUCAUUGCCUGCCUCACAGUGGUGCCCAUUCUUUUCAUACUGAUGUCUUUGUUGUUGUGGAAACGUAAACACACAAAGAAGUUUAUAAUGAAAAGCCUUGAACCAGCGGAAGACCUUGAAAAAGUUUUCAGUGGAACUGAAGGAGAAAACAGCAUUUUUUUGCUGUGA